GCCGCCCGCUCCGAGCCGGGGAGAUGGAGCCGGCAGCCGCUGGGAAAGGCUCGUCCGCGGAUGGCCAAGCGGCCGGCGGGGCGCAGGAGGCCGGGACGCCGCAGCGCUGGGAGGAAGCCAAGACUUUCUAUGACAGCCUGACCCCUAAAAAGAAACCCAAACCACCAAAGCCUGAGAACGCAAUAACAAUCGCAGUGUCGUCGCGGGCUCUCUUCCGCAUGGAGGAAGAGCAGAAGAUUUACACAGAGCAAGGGGUGGAGGCAUAUGUGAAAUACCAGCUGGACCAUGAGAAUGAACCCUUCCUACCCGGCGCUGCCUUCCCAUUUGUCAAGGCCCUUGAAGCUGUCAACACUCAGUUGCGAGAGCUCUACCCCGACAGCGAAGAACUCUUUGAUAUUGUCCUCAUGACCAAUAACCACGCCCAGGUCGGAGUCCGCCUGAUCAACAGCAUCAAUCAUCACAAUCUGUUCAUCGAGAGGUUCUGCAUGACGGGAGGGAACAGCCCCACUUGCUACCUGAAGGCCUAUCACACCAACCUGUACCUCUCCUCUGACGCCGAGAAAGUGAGUGAGGCCAUUGAAGAGGGAAUCGCCGCGGCCACCGUGUUCAACCCCAGCAAAGACGUGAAAGUGUCGGAGAACCAGCUGCGGGUGGCGUUUGACGGGGACGCCGUCCUCUUCUCGGACGAGUCGGAGCAGAUUGUGAAGGCGCACGGCCUCGACAUGUUCUUUGAACACGAAAAGGCUUAUGAGAACAAGCCGCUGGCCCAGGGGCCGCUGAAAGGCUUUCUGGAAUCCCUGGGGAAGCUGCAGAAGAAGUUCUACUCCAAGGGUCUGAGACUGGAGUGUCCGAUUCGCACCUACCUGGUCACUGCCCGGAGCGCUGCCAGCUCUGGGGCUCGUGCCCUAAAGACUCUCCGCAGCUGGGGACUAGAAACCGACGAAGCCCUGUUCCUGGCCGGGGCCCCCAAGGGGCCGCUGCUGGAGAAGAUCCGUCCGCACAUCUUCUUCGACGACCAGAUGUUCCACGUGGAGGGGGCGAAAGAGAGUGGCACCAUCGCGGCCCACGUCCCGUACGGCGUAGCACAGAAGCAGAGGCGGAUGGCGCAAGAGAAACAAACCAAGAACAGCAAGUAGCGUUGCUGGCGGUGACUGCAGGUGCUCGCUGGUUGGGUAGCUCCCCAAACCAUCCCUGACCAUGGCACCGUGCGUGGAUUGAUAUCCGGGUCGGCAGGGGCUGAGCGUCUUUGUUGAUUAGUAUUGAAGUUGUAGGUGCCUUGUCCGGGUGGGUUGAAGGAAAGGUUUCCUUUUGCCUAUGUGUGUUGCACUUUAUUGACCGUCUCUGACCCUCCAGCCCCACAUCACCCCCCCACGCAUAAAGGUCAGAAGGGUCAACCAAUGCCUAAUCCCUCCUCUGCUACUUUUGCUCCUGCGUCUCACCAUCAGCCAUUGCUGACUUGUGCCACAUUGGCUGUCACCUCAUCUCCACACCUGCCUCAAAACCCUCAUGCCUAAGCCCAGCACCAGCCAUCCUGACCCUGCUGUGCCUCCUCUGGGGUUCCGGGGCCCAUAAAAACCCAGAGAGGAGCUCACGCUUAAGUUCUGCACCAGAUGUUCUCCACAAAGCUUGGAGAACUUAAACCAAAACCCAGCCAGACUUGAUAAGUCUACAGGAGGGGGGACCUUGCAUUGGACAGGAUCUGUGAGAACAGGGCUCCCCGUCUGUGGAUCUUCUAUUCCAACCCAAUUUAAACUUUUGGUGCUCAUUUAAAAAAAACCAGGGAAAUUCCCAGUCCAAGAACUUUGAUAUAUUAAAAAUAAGAAGAAGUCAAGGCUGACAAUGUGUUUCAGUGGACUCCAGCUUACACGCAGGAACAAUGAUCCGCUAUUGUUACAAAACAGUGACCGUUUCAAAUUUUAAACGGACUGGAAAUGAGGUUGAGGGAUGCAGCCAAUUUCCCACCACUGUUGCUACCCCCCCCCCCCAACCUUCAGUUUAUCUGCUCAUGUUUGGGACAACAGAAACUCUAGAUAGGAAAAUGUCAAGCCCUAUUUCCUAGUCAGCGUUUUGGGCCACUCUGUGAUGGCCCAAAGUUGGGUGCUACUAUUGGAUACCUAAAUCCAUAAGUGGCACCUGGAAAAAAGGCAUCUCAGCCUGAGCAUCUGAAAAUUGAGCCACAUAAAAUCAGAAGCCAUUUUUCAAAAUGUGGCUUCCUGGCCUCUGGACCCAGGCUGGGAAUAUGUGUAAACUGAAAGACCGCCCUAACCUAUGGUGGGGGAGGGGGAGAGACAGAUAUUUUCUUGAAAUCGACAAUUACAUCAGCUGAGAAUUUGAGCCUGAGUCUUUCCUUAACCAUAGCCACAUUCAAGUUUCAUUCAAACCGAGGCCACUGUGCAAUUGAUCGUCCUUCUCCUGGUACUUUCCUAAAACCUGUGGUGUCUCCUGAAGCAGACAGAUGCCGCUAACACAGUGGGAAAGAAUUUAAUCCCCAAUUCCGAGAGGUUUCAGAGGGGUAGCCGUGUUAGUCUGAUGAGGUGGGUUCUAGCCCACAAAAGCUUAUUCCCAGAUAAAUGUGUGAGUCUCCAAGACGCCACAAGGCCUCCUCGUUGUUUUUGCCACUUCAGAAAGGAAUCAGUCCGGGAACUGUUGAAAGCAGUGUAUGGAAUUCACUCACCAUUCUUAUGCGAAGGUGCAGACUGGAGGAACGAUAGAAGGUUAAAGAUCAUUUUGAAAAUGACUCCUUCCCUGUGGUGGUGGUCUAGGUAGCACAGUUAGCAAUGGCCAUGGUUAAGAUUGCCUGGCACUGACCAUUAUAAGACCACGUUUUCAAUUGCUUAUAACUUUACCAAACUUCGACCAUUUCAUUUGGGCUGAAAUGUUCCACAUGAGGUGGCUGCCUCUGGCUGACUUUUUUGCCCAUUUUCAGUUAAAAUGGUGCGGCCAUUUCCAAGGAUGAGAUUAGGGCUGGGGUUAGUAUGUAUCAACUGAAAUAAUAUUAACAAUCAACCAUACGCUUCACCACUUAUCCUGUUGGUUUGUUCCUUGCACUAAAUCCUGCUUGGACAAUGAAAGCACUGGUAAGUUUUUUUUUUUAUCUUGUCUCUCUGCUCAGUUUCACGUUGAGAUUCACUCUGCUGCCUUGUUGGGGUUGCAGACACCUCAGGGGAAGGUUUUAAAUCCAAACCAAAAAAACUGUAAAGAAACAAAAUAUCACAAAAGCAUUUCUAUUCAUAUUCAGUUUUAUGAAAAGUAGGAGGAGGUUCGGUUGGGGUCAAAACUGUCUGACAGGGAUCCUUCCAACCAGCCUGUCGGAUACAUGCAGGGCUUCCAUGUAAACAUCCCCAAGGUGCUUCCUGUCGAUUGGCAUUGACUGACAUCUUUGGAAGUUCUGCCAAGUGCAAGCAGUCCAAGUCAGAUCUUCCCCCAAGUCUAGAAGAUGACAUUGCAACAGGAAGUACUAGUUGUAAUGAAGACCAGAACGGUCUGCUAACAUGUAUGAAAUUGUAUCUGUCUGGGUCUGGGACUUGUUGAAAUAUUGGCGUGGGGGCAGGGGGAGUGUUGUGAUUGAACAUAGCCAUCUGUGUACGUGUGUAUAUGGGAGAGUGAUUGUAACGGGUGGUCUUGUGUGUGUGUGUGUUUGAAAGAGAGAGAUUGUACAUGGAUGCAUGUGAGUAUUUGUGUGUGUGUGAUAUCAUAUACUUGUGUGUGUCAGAGAAAGAGCGAUUGUACAUGGA